AUGUCUGGGAAGUCAUUUUCUGAAUCAGAAUUUAACGCUGAUUCAAAUGGUGGUAGUCUUGUCGCUAGCCGUUGCUUUGGUCCGGAGCUAUGGUUGUUUGAAAAAUUGGCGAGUAGGGUGAAAUCCCAAAAAAUUUCUGGGAAGUCAUUUUCUGAAUCAGAAUUUAACGCUGAUUCGAAUGGUGGUAGUCUUGUCGCUAGCGGUUGCUUUGGUCCGGAGCUAGGGUUGGGUGAAAAAUUGGCGAGAAGGGUGAAAUCCCAAAAAAUCUCUGGGAAGUCAUUUUCUGAAUCACAAUUUGACGCUGAUUCGAAUGGUGGUAGUCUUGUCGCUAGCCGUUGCUUUGGUGCGGAGCUAUGGUUGGGUGAAAAUUUGGCGAGUAGGGUGAAAUCCCAAAAAAUGUCGAGAAAGUCAUUUCCCGAAUCAGAAUUUGACGCUGAUUCGAAUGGUGGAAGUCUUGUCGCCAGCCGUAGCUUUGGUCCGGAACCACGGUUGGGUAAAAAUUUGGCGAGAAGGGUGAAAUCCAAAAAAAUGUCGAGAAAGUCAUCUCCCGAAUGA